AUGGUAGAAGGAGAACCGAACUCUCCUACAUGGAAGUUCACACAAUGUUUUGGAGAUAAGGGGGAUGUCGAGGAUAUAACAGAAGCCGACAUAAUAUCGACAGUCGAGUUUGAUCACACUGGUAAUUAUCUUGCCACUGGUGACAAAGGCGGGCGAGUUGUUUUAUUUGAGAGAAAUGAGACAAAAAAAACCUGUGAAUAUAAAUUCCACACCGAAUUCCAGUCCCACGAACCCGAAUUCGAUUACCUCAAAUCUCUCGAAAUCGAGGAAAAGAUAAACAAAAUCAAAUGGUGCAAACGCCAAAAUGCCUCUCAUUAUCUUCUCUCGACAAACGAUAAGACAAUCAAGCUAUGGAAAGUGUUCGAAAAAUCUCUAAAAGUAGUCGCCGAGAACAAUCUAUCCCACGAUUUGACGCCAGGUACUUCGGUCGGUGGUGGUGGCGGGGUUCGUCCUAUGUCAAAUGUCCAUUUCUCGAGCGCCCACGAUUUGAAAUUACCCCGCCUCACACAUCAUGAUACAGUCGUCGCAGCCGUACCUCGUCGAACAUAUGCCAAUGCGCACGCAUACCACAUCAACAGUAUUUCCGUCAACAGUGAUGGAGAAACGUUCAUUAGCAGUGACGACCUGCGCAUAAACCUCUGGAAUCUGAACAUCCAAGAUCAAAGCUUUAAUAUUGUCGAUAUCAAGCCUGCCAACAUGGAAGAAUUGACUGAAGUCAUUACUGCUGCAGAGUUCCAUCCACAAAGUUGUAAUUGGUUCAUGUAUGCGAGUUCGAAAGGUACCAUCAAGCUAGCUGACAUGAGGGAGAGUGCGUUGUGUGACCAGCAUGCAAAGCAAUUUGAGCAAGAAGAAGACCCAUCGGCAAGGAGCUUCUUCUCAGAAAUCAUCUCCUCUAUUUCUGACGUUAGGUUUUCUCAUGAUGGAAGAUACAUCCUUUCCCGUGAUUAUUUGACUGUGAAGAUUUGGGACGUCAACAUGGAACGCCAGCCUGUGAAGACCAUCCCAAUCCAUGAGCACCUUCGACCUCGACUUUGUGACACGUACGAAAAUGAUAGCAUCUUCGAUAAGUUCGAAGUUGUCUUCUCUGGUGAUGCGAAGAACGUAAUGACUGGCAGUUACAACAAUAACUUCAUGAUCUAUCCCUCAGAUCCAGAUAAGGAAGUCGAAGUGGUUCUUCAGGCGGACAAGUCGGCUUUCAAAGCUAAGAAGGUGGGCGUUCCUACGCCAAUCAAUUCAUCAACCAGUCCUACGGCUACCAACGGUGGUAAGAAGGGUAACUCGAGAGCGGGUAGCCCCGCGGCUGGGGCAGCGGGACAAGGGGGGAGAAUGCGUAAAGAGACGGACGCGGAUCAGAUUGAUUUCAACAAGAAGAUUUUACACAUGAGCUGGCAUCCAUUUGAGGAUAGCAUUGCCAUCGCGGCCACCAACAACUUAUUCGUUUUCUCUGCAUUGUAG